AUGCAUAAAAAUAUCGGGCUGUGGCUUGGAGAGUUCAAGGAGAUCUUUGAAGAGAUGGCGGAGGCAGAGAAGCCACAUAACAAUUUCAUUACCAUAUUAAAAAUCAUUUCUCUUCCUAAUUGGAUUGCAAAAAGAUUUUCUGGAUAUUUUUAUUUAUAUCGUGCCUGCGUAGUUUACAAAAUCAUCGGAAAAACUGAUAUGUGCACAUGA